GACACGGUUUGCUGCAGACAUGGCUGCUGUGCAGUUACUGCUGCUGCUGCUGCUCUGCUGGGAAGCGGCUCUGUGCAGAGCCUUUACCUUUGUAAAGUUGUAUCAUAAGAAACCUGCUGAACCUGUGGAUUCUGUACCUGAUUGCUGGUUUCUGCAGAAACUUGAUCACUUUAAUGGGGCUGAUUCCAGGAACUGGAUGCAGAGAUUCUUUGUGAAUGACUCCUUCAUGCAGCCCGGUGGGCCUGUAUUCUUAAUGAUUGGAGGUGAAGGACCAGCCAAUCCAGCUUGGAUGAAGUACGGUAGCUGGCUGACAUUUGCAGAGAAACUGGGUGCCCUAUGCCUAAUGCUGGAACACAGGUUUUACGGCCUAAGUCACCCAACUAAGGAUAUGAGUGUAGAAAAUCUUCGCUAUCUGAGCAGCAGGCAAGCCUUGGCCGACAUUGCUCACUUCCAAACUGUAAUGACAAAGCAGUUAAAAUUGGGUGAUCGCAAAUGGGUGGUAUUUGGUGGUUCAUAUCCAGGAUCUCUUGCAGCCUGGUACCGAUUGAAAUAUCCUCACUUGGCCUACGCAGCGGUUGCCAGCAGUGCACCUGUGAAUGCUGUGGUGAAUUUCCCUGAAUACCUAGAGGUGGUACAGAAUUCUUUGGCCCGAAAUCAUUCUGCUUGUCCCAAAGCCAUGAAACUGGCUUCAGACUCAAUACUUGAGCUGCUACAAUAUAAAGAGAACUAUAAGAAGCUUACAGAGGAUUUCAGACUCUGUAAGUUGCUCCAGCUACAGUCCGACAUGGACAUAUCCUUCUUCCUUGAUUCAAUUGCAGAGUACAUGAUGGACAUUGUCCAAUACAACAAUGAUAACCGGGAGUUUGAGGGUGUGAAAGGAGGCAAUGUAACUAUCCAGGUGGUGUGCGAUAUUAUGGAUAAUGAGUCGUUGGGUGCUCCAUAUGACCAAUUUGUUGUUGUUAUCCAAACCAUCCUAAAUGCUUUGGGACAAAAGUGUAUUGAUGCACAGUAUAAGAAUUUUGUACAAGAAAUGAGAGAUGAUAGCUGGGAAGGACCCGCGUCACAGGGGGGAAGGCAAUGGGUGUACCAAACAUGCACAGAAUUUGGUUUCUUCCAGUCUACAGAUUCCGAUUCGCAGCCCUUUUCCGGCUUUCCUCUUAGUUAUCAUAUCCAGCAAUGUUCUGAUAUUUAUGGUUCAGCUUUUAACCUGUCCACUGUUACGGAUGCUGUUCAACAAACAAAUGAAUAUUAUGGAGGAUUUGGAAUAAAGAGCAGCAGAAUCAUUUUUCCUAAUGGAUUGAUUGACCCGUGGCAUGCACUUGGAAUUAAUUCGAACCUCAGUAGUGACUGCUUUGCUAUACAAAUGGAAGAUGCAGCUCACUGUGCAGAUAUGUAUCCUGAGAGACCUGGAGAGCCGUCUGUUUUACCCAUGGCAAGAAACUUUAUCUUUCAGCUGCUUACAAAAUGGCUACAAUCAUAAACAACUUCAAGAUGCCCACUUCAAGUCUCGGUUCUGCUGGCCCAACCAUCUAAUUUGUGCUCUAAAAUGGUAAUAAACGAAGCUAAAAAAACUAAACUAAAAAAAAAAAAUCACAAUCGAUUGCUGUGUCUUUGUUUCAAUGUUGGCAUAAUACGGUACGGUUUCCUGUAAUGUCUGGAACAUUCAAGGAAAUAAAUAUUUGAUUGUAUUGCA